CAGAUGGAAGACGUGGAGCUGACAAGUGGGGAAUCUGCAACCCCCUUUGGAUGUGUGUGCUUAGAUAACACAGAGGAAAUAUAUAUACAGCUGAGACUGCUGCUGUCUACCCCAGAACUCAGUCUAUGAUGGUGAAUAAAAUUGUCCACAGAAAGAAUUCUGUCUUUGAGUAUUCCGCAUGUCGGCCGAAAACUGUUGGUAUCUGCAUGUGAUCUUAUGUGGACAAAGAAGCUCAGACACUAUCUAUACCUGCUUAAGGUGGGAAGCUUGGGUUGAAGAGGUGUUUGCAGUUGUCAACCAUGACAAAGAAGACGAUUCUGCACACGGCCCCACCUGAUGGCGGCUGGGGGUGGAUGAUUGUGAUUGGCUGCUUUCUUGUUACAGUCUGCACGCGAGCGGUUACAAGGUGUAUCUCAAUAUUUUUUGUUGAGUUCCAAGUAUAUUUUGGUCAUGAUUAUUCAAGAACAGCUUGGAUACAUUCCAUUGUGGAUUGUGCUACAAUGUUAUGUGCGCCCCUGGGAAGCUAUGUGAGCAGUCAUGUCUCGUGUCAAGUGGGAAUCAUGCUUGGUGGUCUUCUUGCUUCCACCGGACUUAUCCUAAGUUCAUUUGCAACAAGCCUGGAGUAUCUCUACCUCACUCUAGGAGUCCUCACAGGUCUUGGAUUUGCACUUUGUUACAGUCCUGCUAUUGCCAUGGUAGGAAAGUAUUUUGACAAGAGAAAAGCCUUGGCCUAUGGAAUUGCCAUGUCUGGAAGUGGAAUUGGCACCUUUAUAUUGGCCCCUGUGGUGCAGCUGCUCAUUGAACAGUUUUCCUGGCGGGGAGCUUUACUUAUUCUUGGCGGUUUUGUUGCCAAUCUUUGUGUCUGUGGUGCUUUAAUGAGACCUAUAAACCUAAGGGAGGACUUUGCACACUAUUCACUAAAGCAGGAGCAUAAUCCAAAUGAACCAAACCAAAGCAGCAUUCCUUCUUCCAAAUGUUCGCCCCUGAGCCAGGACUGCACUCACAAGAGUCUAUGCUACUGUUCUCAAAAGGAGUACAGCUUUCUGCUGAAACCAAACUUCAUUGUUCUAGCCAUAUCUUUUUUAUUCCUAGCAUAUGGAUGCAGUCCGCCUUUUGUCUAUCUUGUGCCUUAUGCUCUAAGUGUGGGUGUGAGCCACCAACAAGCAGCCUUCCUAAUGUCUAUACUGGGAGUAAUAGACAUUGUUGGUAAUAUCACCUUCGGAUGGUUGACCGACAGAAGGUUUCUGAAAAAGCACCGAUACACAUGCUACCUCAUAGCCGUGGCACUGGACGGUCUUAGUUGCCUUUUCCUUCCAAUUCUUAGGUGCUUUGAACUACUUGUGCCUUUUUCUGUUACAUUUGGUUAUUUUGAUGGAGCCUAUGUUGCCCUGAUUCCUGUUGUGACUGGAGAUGUCGUGGGUACAUCUAACUUAUCAUUAGCCCUUGGUGUGGUGUUCUUUCUUCAUGCAGUGCCAUACCUGGUGAGCCCACCAAUAUCAGGUUGGCUGGUGGAUACAACUGGAAACUAUACAGCUGCAUUCCUUUUAAGCGGGUUUUCUAUGAUAUGUUGUGCCUUUUUAUUAGCAUUUGCCAAAUUAUUUAAAAAGGUAAAGCGGAAACAGAAGACAAUGACCGUACCCACAUCUGACACCAAGCAAGAGAUCUGGACUAAUGGAGAUCUGACCUCCGCAGCCACAGAAGAGUGUAACCAAAGGGAAGUUUAGAUCCAUCUGGAAAAGGUGUCAUAACUAACAAUGAUUUAGGAAACCUGGAUUUUAAACAGGCAGAAAAGAGAAAACCAACAAUAUAUUUUUUAGUUGGUAAUACAUUUUUCCUUUUUAAGUACCAGUCAGUGUCUUUGCAGGCUAAGACUUAAUACUUUGUCCAUUGCACAAACAACUUGUUAGAAUUUAUUUGCUGGUUAAUAUCCCUAUUGCAUAGCAAAUGCAGAAAUCCUGCACUUUAUGAGGAACAUUCUUGAAAUAAAGAAGAACCCUGUUGACCUACUCCUAAAAUAGGAGUAGUUUUUAGUAUUUUACAGAAUAUUUUAAACUUGACGUCCCAUGGUGAGCUAGACCUGUGGAUGAGCGAUGGUUCAAUUCCUAUGCAAUGCAAUAAAAGAAGAUGAUUGAGGAAUGUUUCAGUCUUCUCUAGUCAACUAGACAUAAAGCUUUAUUUUUUAAGAUACAAUGAGGACUACUUAAAUUCAUCCCGAUGUCACCGGAGGAAAAGCAUGGUGGAACUUUCUGUGCCACGGUGAAGACUGCAUUGAAAAUUACAUCCAAAUUGUUUGAACAGUGACAAAAAAUUGCUAAUGUAUCACUUUUUGUAUGGUAAAGAAAAUGAAAAGUUUACCAGCUCAGUAGUAGAAAAUUCAAAAAUGAUAUGGCUGGGUUCACACAUAGUUCUUUGGCCAGUUUUUGUAUGGUGAACACCAGGAGUGAAACUGACACAGAAACUUACAUGAUAAGAUUUGCACCUUUUUCUGUGGUUUGGACCCACUCCUGGUUUAGACAAAAUUUUGACUAAAGUACUACAUGUGAACCCAGCCUCAUAUGUGCCCUGGUUCAUGUGUAUUGUGAUUGAUAAACUUGUUAUUAAUUUGUCUUCCAUGUUUUGGGAGGCUAUCUCCAAUUUUUUAUGUCAUGUCAUUGGUGCUGAAUAAGUUCUUGAUAUAUCUGAUUGGCAGUCGGAGCCCUGAAUUCCCUUGCAUAGAACCAAAAAGAUCCCCAGGGAUUCCAGGGCAAAUACACAAUCAACAACCUUUAGGGGUCACCCCCCAAGGGGUAAGCCCUAAACUAGAACCCCCCCCCCCUAAAAAAUAUAUUUUAUUAGUAAUCCAAGUUAAAACACCUUGCAUAGACAUAGAUUUAGGAGGUAACAUUCUGGCUACUCGUAGCCACCACUUGAGGAAGUAUGAGAGUUUACUGCGUACUGUUUCAUUGUUGAGUGCAAUGUGUAAUAGUAUACAGUAAGCUUUAAGUCAUUUAAUCAAAUAAAAUUAACACGUAGCAGAUACACUGUGACUUUUCUGCUGCAGAUUCAAAGCUUCAGAUUUUAUUCUGCACAUUUUAUGCUGCAUAAUUACACUGUUCAAUUGUACUAAAAGAGUAGCUGAAUAUAAAUAAAUACAUGAAUACAACAUAAAAUCUGCAGCCUGAACAUCUAGUGUAUAGGCUAUGUGUGAACAUAACUUAAAGAGGAAUUCCACACAGAAUAUAUAUUUACAUGAGUAAAAUAUGUAUUCAGAAAUAUUGAGCGGACAAAAUAAUAAUUUUACAUAUAGGUAGGUGAUAGAGUUAGUGAAAUUGUGAAAUGGUGACAUUGCUCUUUAUGAACAAUUGUAUAUGUGUAUCACUGAAAAAGCCCACACACACCUCUGUGACUCUUACAGUUCUUUACAUUGGAAAUGUUGGAAAUUUAUGUUGAAGCAACAACAGGCAGUAUGUAUGCAGUACAUGUGAAACUAAAACUGAAAUGUGUUGUCACUGUAUAUGCACCUUGCUAUUAAUGGGGAAGAAAUGUCAGGCCCUUAAGAUAAGCAGAGCUGUUUUUUUCCAUCAUAGGCAGUAGUAAUGGCUACACUUAAAGUAUUCAAUGUUUCUUUACUGUAGACUACUUUCUGUCCAAUGUGCCUUAAUUUUUCAGGCUGUUAUUAUGGUGUCACAUCAACACUACACAUUAAAUUCCAAAACAUACAAGA